AUGGUUCGACCUCCUCUCGCCGAAAACCGAACGAUGAAAAUUGUGAAUGCUGCAAAUGAAGGCGGCUAUGCAGUUGCGGGGUUCUGUUGCUACAACCUCGAAGCUGUGGUGGCAUCCGUCAGAGCAGCAGAGGCGACCUCUUCGCCCGCAGUCGUGCAGCUCUUUCCGUGGGCAAUGGAGUACGCAGGUAGUGCCCUUGUCAAAGCCGCAGCAGAACUCUGCCACAGUGCCUCAGUCCCCGUAUCACUGCAUCUCGAUCACUGUCAGACACCAGAGCUGGUUCGCCGUGCUGCGGACAUCCCCGACGGCUUUGACAGUAUCAUGGUCGACAUGAGCCACUACGAGAAGGAAGAGAACCUGGCUCUUACUCGAGAGCUGGUUGAUUACUGCCACCAACGCGGUAUCGCGACGGAGGCAGAGCCUGGGCGAAUCGAGGGCGGCGAAGACGGUGUGGCUGAGACGAUAGAUCUUGAAGGUGUUCUCACUACACCAGAGCAAGCUGAAGAGUUUGUUGCGACUGGGAUUGAGAUGCUGGCACCCGCUUUCGGCAACGUUCAUGGCGAAUAUGGUCCGCGAGGGAUCAAGCUGGAGUAUGACCGGCUCGAAAAUACCAACAAGGCUGUCGGAGAUCGGGUUAGGCUCAUCCUUCACGGGGCGGAUCCAUUUACGGAGGAGAUUUACAAUCGCUGCAUCAAAGCUGGAGUGACAAAGAUCAACAUCAACAAGGGAAUCAAUAAUCACUAUGUUCCGACACAAGAAACAGCAAGAGGUCGCCCGAUUACGGCGACGAUUGAAGCUGGUACAAAGGAAAUGCAGAAGGCGUGCGAAACUUACAUGCAUUGGUUUGGCUCGGCAGGAAAAGCAUGA